AUGGUGGUGGUGGUGGCAGCGGCGGCGUGGUGGCGCAGUGGUGGUGGUGGCGGCGGCCGUGGUGGCAGCGGCGUGGUGGUGGUGGCAAAAAACUCCAUAGUAUUGAUACCCUCAAAAGGGGCAUCGAUACCCCACUCUCCUCUGGACCAGACUCUGGCCAGAGAUGUUGUAGCAUGUUUCAAUGAACGAUAUAGAUUUAUUAAGCGCUAUGACAUGACAUGGGGUUUGCCUACUGGUCCGAAAGAGAAUAAGGUUCCUUUGGUAUUUCAUUCUAUAGAUUCUCGUUUAGAUCCUAGCCAGUGGUGUAUCGUGGAGAUUGUUGUUGGUUCGGUACACCUCAAGGAUCUUGACGUGGAGUACAUGGUGUGCAUGCUUGACCUCACAUCUUUUGAAAGCCGCCCAAAAAGUGGUUGUUUCAUCUUUUUCGAAGCCAUUGAUUUCGUUAUGCUUAUUGAUCAAGUCAUUAUCGAAAAAUUUGACUGGUAUGCGUUUAGAAAGCUCCUUGAUUUGGACGCAAUUUGUGUUUUGGAUUAUUGUUAUCGUUUGAUUAGAUGUGUAGCGAUACCCGAUCAACUUCAAUCUUGUUUUGGUAUCCACGCAAUUGUGGGUCAUGUGGUAAUUUCAAUUGUUGCAGAAAUAUUAGGUUUUGUUGGCUCAUUCUCUCAUUCAUCCUUGUUUUUUCAUGGUUAUGGUGGCUUUGAAUUUCUGUUUGUUAUGCCUGUCUAUUUUCUUGCUGCUGCUGCUGUUAUGUUGCUGCUAACUGUUCGGUUGUACUCUACGGCUUAUGCUGCUGUUCUGCUGUUUUGCGUGAGGUUCAGUUGGAUUGGGGGUGAAUUCUCUCGUGUGGGAUUGAAGUUCAAUUUCUGUUCUGAUGAAUCAGGUGUGCGUAACAAACGAGGAAUCACACGUUUGUCAGAUGUUUGGAAUCUCCCACCUACGCAACGAAUUAUUGUAAAAUUCAAUCUAGCUUUUGUUCCUGUUGGAAACAAAGGUGGCGUGUUAACUAGGUUCAUAGGAACUGUAGCAAGGAAACCCCACCUAUGCCCAAUUAAUUGCAAUUGGCAUGAAGUGCCACUACACUGCAAAGAAGCUUGCUGGAAUAUCAUUCAGUCAAAGUUUGCAAUUCCUAAAAAUGAUUCAGCAAGAGAGGCAAUCAAGAAAAAAACUUUGAAGUUAUUAGGGACGAGAUUGCGAGAUUGGCGAUGCACCUUAAAAGAUCUUGUUCGUUAUUGGUUCUCAGAGGAGGGAAAGAAUCUUAGUUUGAAGAAUAAGAGAGGUGGAGACAAGAGUGCAAGUGUGCAUACAGCAAGAUCAAAUUCUUAUGCACGACAUGCUCAUGAAUUGGAGGUAGACUCUGGGUUUGCACCUAGCCAAGCAAAACUUUAUAUACCAACUCACACCAAGGAGGACGGGAAGCCUGUUAAUGACAUUGCAGGAGAAAAUAUAGAAGCAAUUAAGGUCUUAAUGGAAUCGCAACCAAAUGGCUGGGAAGGUAAUUCUAAAGGCAGCAUAUUUUGGUCCCGGGAUGAUAUUUAUUCUCAAGUGAUUCAUACAAAAAAGUGGCAUGGUUGUGUUCCGGGUUGUGGGUUUGGGCCUACUCCAAAAAGUAGCGGCUCAACUUGCUUAGAUUGCCCAAGGUUUAAUGUAGCUGAUGAAGAAGAGAGAAUGAGAGACAAAGAAACUAUACGUAAACUCAAAGAUAAGGUGCAUGCACAAGCGGUUGAAAUGAGCACUUUAAAAGAACAAGUGGCUGAAAUGAGCACUUUAAAAGAACAAGUGGCUGAAAUGAUGAGACAUAUGCCUGAGUUUACUGGAUUACAGGUUCGAGACGGUUGUAAUGGCCCCUUUGAUCAGGCUUCUCCACAUGCUCAAAGAUCAUCGCACGCAAGUCAUGACAUCGAAUGUUCUAAUGGGGGUAAUAGGACGGUCUAGCUAAAAGCGUGAUUUCAACCCGUCAUUUUGAAAGCUCUUUCGGGAAGAUGUUAAGGAUGGCAUCGUCGACUUUUGAUUAGUUUUCUAUUCCACGCAGUUUAGGUAAUAUGCGUACUUGUUGGAUUGUGAUAUUUUGGCAAGGUUAUGAACAUUUGAUCUACUUUUGAAUGUUGACGUGUUAUGGAACAUACCUUCUUGUUGUGGUAUUUCCUAUGGAUUAUUUGUUUCUCCAAUGAAGAAUGAAUUGUUUUGCUUUUCGA